CAGAACAGGAAAUACGUCACAUGGGCCACGUGUACCGGAAAAACAGCUGAGUUUAGCCUGUAGCUUUAGCUUGGCCGUUCCGUUCCGUCCCUGCAGCCGCAGUUUAUGGACGGAGACAGCAGAGCCAAGAUGGAGGACAUGUUCAUUAAACCAGGUAACCAGGAGCGAGGCUGGAACGACCCCCCUCAGUUCUCGUACGGCCUCCAGACGGCCCACGGACCGAGGAAGAACCUCCUCACCAAGAGGGUGGCUCCUCCUGCAGCCGGUCCAGGAGCUCCGCCCCCUGCCCCACCCUCCUUCAGCCCUCUGGCUCCGCCUCCGUGUGGACCUGCCCCACCCCCUCGGUGCCAAGCACCUCCCCCUCCCGGUAUGGCCACGCCCCCUCCACCACCAGGUCCGAUUGCAUCUCAGAGAGAGCCAGACAGCAGCCAAUCAGAGAGUGAGCCUGAUGUAGAGGGCGUGGUCUCUGCGCUGAACUGGGCACUCGGAGCCUGUCGGCAAGCCGUCCCAGGUCAGGUGUGUGACGACAUAGCGAAGAGGGUUGGAGUCCUGGAGGCCGGCUGGAGGUCAGGAAGACUCUCGCUGCCUGUCAGACGGCGCAUGGGCACCCUGACCCGAGAGUUGCAGUCUGGUCACUGGGACUCAGCAGAUGAGAUCCACCGCUCUCUGAUGGUGGACCAUGUGACCGAGGUCAGCCAAUGGAUGGUGGGUGUCAAGCGACUCAUCGCUGAGACCCGAAACCUCAGCCCAGAGCUGCUGGAACUGGACCAGGACCCCGCAGGACCGGACCAGGACCCCGCAGGACCGGACCAGGACCCCGCAGGACCGGACCAGGACCCCGCAGGACCAGAGGAGACCACCAGCUCCCAGUCUUGAGCUGCUUUGUCGUCUCAGGACUCUUUGGUUCCUUCUGCGUUCUGUGUGAACUUUGCAUCUUUUUGUCCGACCCAGACCCGAUGGGCUGUGCCGGAGAUCCCCACACACCUGCUGCAGCCGAGGGGUCAGAGGUCAGCGCCCCACCCUGCAGCGGGGAGAGGCUGCAGUUCCUUGCUCAAGGACACAUCAACAUGGAUGAACACAUUAAUCAUUAUCUUCUAGGGGACUUGAACCUGCAGCAGCCUUCUGUCCACUGUCAUGAGUUUGAAAUUUCCACCUGUGCUCCAGAGGGGCGGAGCUUACGAAGAGCUGCACCUGCUGCAUGUGAGGCGUUCAGGACCUCCACCUGUCUGCUCCUGCUGAGAGACUCAGCAACAUGUUCUGUCCAUGUAGACGGCUCUGCCACACACACACACACACACACACACACACACACACACACACAGACUUUGAUUCCAAAAUGAGCUGCAACCCAAACCAGAGGCAUCAUCAUCAUCAUCAUCAUCAUCAUCAUCAUCAUCAUCAUCAUCAUCAACAACAACAAGGGCCCUUUUCUUCUGCUCAUUAUUUUCCUUUCAGAAACGUGUUAAAAAAAAAAGUGGUUAUUUGAUUUUCCUUGUAAAAUACAAAACUUUUGAAAUAGAGACUACGGCUGAAAAUUAGCCAACUUGGCUAAACUGGCAUGUUUACAGAAAUGUUUAUUAACGUGCACUGUCUCUGUAUUCUAAACUAAUAAACAAAUACAAUACGUUUGUAUA